ACCCUUUAUAAUCUCUCAAAGUUCUACGGGCAGAGCCGACCUGCCUUUGUUUCUUUGAUAUUGCAGCAGCAGAAGCUUGACUCGAAGAUUUGAUCAACAGAAAAUAUGGCAGGUGAAGAAGCUGUAGUUGCUGUUGAGGCACCCGCCCCUGCUCCUGCUCUUGGUGAGCCAAUGGACAUCAUGACCGCUCUGCAACUUGUCCUGAGAAAAUCACUUGCUCAUGGUGGUCUUGUGCGUGGACUUCACGAGGCUGCAAAGGUGAUUGAGAAGCAUGCUGCACAACUUUGUGUGUUGGCUGAGGAUUGUAACCAGCCAGACUAUCAAAAGCUGGUCAAAGCACUAUGCGCCGAUCAUAAUGUGAGCUUGGUAACUGUUCCCAGUGCAAAGACCCUUGGCGAGUGGGCUGGUUUAUGCAAAAUUGACUCGGAAGGCAAAGCUAGGAAGGUCGUGGGUUGCUCGUGCCUUGUUGUGAAGGAUUAUGGUGAGGAAUCUGAAGGGCUUCACAUUGUUCAGGAGUAUGUGAAAUCUCACUAAAUAUAUGGAUGUAGAUCCAAAUACUUACUCUACUUCAAUGUUGUUUGAUCAAUUUUGAAUUUUUGAAAGCAUGGAAACUUGGCAAAUUUAGAUUUUUCCAGAAAAAACUCCUUGUCAAAGUUCAUUAGAUUUUAAUUAUCAGUCUUUUGCCUUUUUGUUU